UCCCAGCUGCAACUUGUUUAUUAAUGACCUGGAGGCCGGGGCCAUUGAAAGUUCUGUUUCUAUUUCUGCAGAUGAGACUAAAUUGUGCAGAACUAUAAGUCCCACGCAGGAGGCCGGGGGGAGGGGCUGUUCAGAGUCACUGACACUUUGGCCUCCCACUGAUUCUCAUUGUCUUUUAUUUGCACUGCAGGGGGGGGGCAGAUCACUGGUUUGUGAGGGUCACUGGGAGUUGGAGGAUCGUGGGAGCUGAGAGCAAUGGAGGAUGGAGUCUACUCCCUGGGGGGGCCCGAUGGCUACUACUUGCCCCUUCCUGGGGAUCACACGGGGGGGAAGCUGAAGAACUGCCCCGAGGAGUUGGGGGAGAGGAUUCCCAGCCCGGCGGUGUUGCGGUUGGUCACUCAGAGGAAGGAGACGCUGCUGAGCAGGAAGAGACCGUUUGUAGGAAGAUGUUGUCGCGUGUGCACCCCCCUCAGCCGGGAGACGUUCUUCAAUCCCAGCAUUCCCUCCUUGGGUCUCCGUAACGUCAUCUACAUCAAUGAAACCCACACGAGGCAUCGGGGUUGGUUGGCUCGUCGGCUCUGUUACGUGUUGUUUGUGCAGGAGAGGGACGUGAGUAAGAGAAUGUUCUGCAGUAACAUGGAGGAGACUGUGCUGAGUAACCGCAGAGUACAGGAGGCCAUUGAGGAUGUUGCUGCGGAGGAGAGUCCCAUGGGAACGGCUGAUCAGAAAUCCACCAGCAAAGUGAAGAGGAAAGCCAAGAAGAUCCUGCAGGAGAUGGUGGCCUGUGUCUCCCCCGCAAUGAUAAGGCUGACUGGGUGGGUUCUGCUGAAGCUUUUCAAUGGUUUCUUUUGGAACAUUCAGAUCCACAAGGGGCAACUGGAGAUGGUUAAGAAAGCGUCCGUGGAGAAAUGCUCCCCCCUGGUGUUCCUGCCGGUGCACAAGUCUCACAUCGAUUACCUGCUGCUCACCUUCAUCUUGUUCUGCCACAACAUCAAAGCUCCUCACAUUGCAGCAGGGAACAACCUCAAUAUUCCCAUCUUCAGCACCUUAAUUCAUCUACUGGGUGGAUUUUUUAUUCGGCGUAAACUGGAAGAGACCCCGAAUGGGAAGAAGGACAUUCUGUACCGCUCUCUUCUGCAGGGGUAUGUGGAGGAGUUGCUUUGUCAGCACCAAUUCCUCGAAAUAUUCCUGGAGGGGACGCGGUCGCGCAGUGGAAAGACUGGGUGCGGCCGGGCCGGGCUCCUGUCGGUGAUUGUGGAUACGGUGAGCAAAUGCUCCGUCCCCGACGUCCUCAUCGUGCCCGUGGGCAUCUCCUACGACCGCAUCAUUGAGGGGCAUUACAACAGCGAGCAGUUGGGAAAACCCAAAAAGGACGAGAGUCUGUGGAGUGUGGCGCGGGGAGUUCUGCGGAUGCUGCGCAAGAAUUACGGGAGUGUGCGCGUGGAUUUUGCACAACCGUUUUCCUUAAAGGAAUAUCUAGAAACUCAGGCACAGAAACCAUCCCCCCUCCCACUGUGUCUCAAACAAGUGCUUCUACCCAGCAUCCUCUCUGGCAGACCCCAAGACACUGAGUGUGAGGGGGAAGUGGCGCUGCACCCAGGACCCAGAAAUUUGCUGCAGGAGCCUCUCAGGCGUCACAUGAUCACAAACUUGGCCAAUCACGUGCUUUUCACCGCUGACAAGUGCUGCGCCGUCAUGUCCACCCACAUCAUCUCCUGUCUCCUCCUCUACAGGUACCGCCAGGGAGUUCACAUGUCGGUGUUGGUGGAAGAUUUCUUCUCUAUGAAGGAGGAGGUUCUGGCUCGGGAUUUUGACUUGGGAUUUUCGGGGAAUUCGGAGGAUGUGGUGACGCACGGGAUUCACCUGUUGGGAGACUCAGUGAAUAUCACUCACACCAGCAACGAGUUCUUCAUCGCCCCCAACACCAAAAUCCCGGCCGUGUUUGAGUUGAACUAUUACAGCAAUGGGCUCCUCCAUGUUUACUUCACAGAGGCGGUUGUAGUUUGUGCUCUUUACUCACAAGUGAGAAGCAAAAGCACAAAAGGAUCUUCCGACGUCUCCAUCACUCAGGAGUCCCUGAUCCGCAGCUCCACCUCCUUGUGUUGCCUCCUGUCCAACGAGGGGGUCAUUGCUUUGCCGUGUCACAUGUUCUACCAGGUCUGUAAUGAAGCCGUGCAGAGACUCCUCGCCUACGGAAUUCUCCUUAUAGCAGAGGAGGAGCAGGAAGAUGCCAGUCCCAGUGUGACGGAUGAGCCGUGGGAUAAGAAACUGGCAGAACAGUUGGCGUGGAGAAGUGAUGAGGAGGAUGAGGACAGUGACUUUGGGGAAGAGCAGAGGGAGCGUUAUAUAAAGAUGAGCCCAUGUGAGGAGCACCAGCAGUUCUUGGCCUUCCUGCGGCGAUUACUCGGCCCCGUCCUAGAGGCUUACAGUUCAGCCGCCACCUUCACCCUCAGUUUCAGCAGCCCCGUCCCAGAGAAGGAGUUCACCCAAAAUCUCCUCAAGUUCCUGAUCUGUAGAACUGAAAGAUCUCUCGCUGUCUAUGCGGAAAGCGCCACCUUGUGUCUCGCCCGGAAUGCAGUGAAGACCUUUGUGGAUCUGGGGGUUUUUCAGGUGUAUAAGGACAAGAGGGGCUCCAUUCUGGAACUGAGCUCCACUUUCCUACCUCAGAGCAGCCGCCAGGAACUUCUCGACUUCAUCCUGGGCUUCAUGUGAGGCCCAAGAGCGGCUGAAAUUGAAGGUGCUGGGAGUUGGCCUACGGAGACUCCGUGUUGGGGGAAAUACCACUCAGUGACUGACAAGUGCCUUCUCGCAACGUGAAAUCCUGCACCGCUCUCUACUGUGAACAAGAACACCCCCCCCAGAGAUCCCUCAGGAAGUUGUGGGGUGCAGGGAGACAUGCAAGAAGCACAACCCACUAACACACCCAUUACACAUACUCUUAUUUAUAGACAAUUUGCUGCUUUCUCAUCACUAAUGCACUAAGAUUUGCUCCACUAGCGCCACUGACUGGUCCAUUUGUACAUUGCCUGGUGGUACCAGAACCCCAUCAUGGUGGCUCUUACGUCCGUCAGCCCGUAGGUCUUCACUCUCAUCGCCAUUGGCUGGUGAGAUAAGUUGAGUCAGCAUCAGAGAACUAACACUAGACUUGGGCUUCAGAAUGUUCUGACCCGUAUAAUGGUGACUAACUAACCCCUGGACUUUACCCGGUACAUCUGUAUUGCUUGUGGCGAGAAGCUAUAGCUCACAUGUCCAGGGCCCCACAUGUUGGCUCCUCUUGUUUUGUAGGGGCCAUAGAUUGGACUCCGUAGGUCCUUCCCACCUUGUAGAUUGGUACAAUCUCCUCUAGCCUCAGGGUUUCCAUAGUUUUUACUCCCGGCACCUGACCUACCCCAUAGAUGCACUUCCAGUCUGAAACAGCGAGAAGCCGCUAUCAAUCCCAUGGGGGCGUCAUAUAAAGGGCUACAAAGGAGCCGGUGCUGUAUAAUUACCCAUGAUUCCUUCCAGGCAGAACCGCACCACUGUACUUCCAUUGGGCUCUGGGUCAGUCCAUCUGCUGCAGACACUUCCCAUGUAAUGAGAGACUCUAGGGGCGGCAUGUAUCUCCCCUGUAACUGCUGCAGUUUUAUACUCGCUACAACUGUUACCUGCUUUUUGGUUUUUUAAAGGUGUCUGAAAUACA